CUGGCGUUUCUGAGGCGCACAGCAGAGAGAGAAGCGCUCUAUGACUGACGCUCCAAGCAGUCUGCAGUGGAGGAAGUUUGUGCUUCUGGCUACCGAGGACACAAGUACGACUGUAUUUCUACCCUCCAGUGAGCGGCACAUACAGGAAGAAGCGAGCACAAAGCUUUAUACCCCCAGUCAGUCCCCCUCUCUCCUACCUCACACAACUGAGCGGCCAAUGGAACGCAAAGCUCCUCCCCGGAACUGAAAGUGCCUGUGUAGCAGGGCCGAUUUGACAGUGACACCAACAGAGCUGUAGCGCAGCUCGCGCUGUGUGAAGGGGGUGCGCUCCUCUAUAGCGGGGAGGCCGGAAAACCCCGGCAUACACCCAACCUGGAGAAGGGAGCCUUGUGAGAGGGAACGUCAUAGAACAACACUGGGGGACAGAGGAAGAAGAGAGGGCUAAGAAAGACCCCCCCACACCUGGGUACACAGCGGCCCGGCGACUUACUACGACACACUGUCAGCGCCUUGGACUUCCCCAUGGUAACACAGAUGAAGUAGUCGGUAAUGGCUUGCCUCACAAUGACUGAAAUGAGCAUGAGUACAGUUUCUGCUGUUCGCCCAAGUGGAGAUGCCUUGCUGCAUGGUGUGUCGAAACCAAGUGAUCCAGGCUUCUACAUUUUUCUGUAUCAUGCAUUAGGAAAACCUGAUGGAGACCAUCUUGCAUUACCCCAAGGGGAAUAUGUUGCUGAAGAGAUUUGUAUCACUGCAGCAAAAGCUUGUGGUGUGACACCAGUUUAUUAUAGCCUGUUUGCGUUAAUGAAUGAAACUGACAGAACUUGGUAUCCUCCUAAUCAUACCUUCCUUGUGGAUGAAACAAGCAAGCAAAUUGUUAAAUUUCGCGUAAGGUUUUAUUUCCCGCAGUGGUACAGCAAUGGAAGCAGCAGAGCAUUUCGCUAUGGGGUUGCAAGGGGGUCUGAGAGCCCAAUUUUAGACGACUUUGUCAUGUCUUAUUUGUUUGCUCAGUGGAGAGAUGAUUUUGUCAAUGGCUGGAUCACUGUGCCCAUUACACAUGAAACACAGGAAGAAUGCCUAGGGAUGGCUGUUCUUGACAUGAUGCGUAUAGCCAGUGAAAAAGAACAAAGCCCAAUUGCAAUUUACAAUGCUGUCAGUUACAAAAAGUUCUUGCCAAAGUGUAUUCGUGCCAAAAUUCAAGACUACCACAUUCUGACUCGCAAGAGGAUACGGUAUAGAUUUCGAAGGUUCAUUCAGCAAUUCAGUCAGUGUAAAGCUACUGCCAGAGACUUAAAACUUAAAUAUCUGAUAAAUCUUGAGACCCUCCAGUCAGCAUUUUAUUCUGAACAAUUUCAUGUUAAGGAGGCCUUCCGAGACUCGCUAGGGGGAGAGAUUUUCGCAACAAUUGUAGUAACUGGAAAUUAUGGAAUUCAGUAUUUAAGGGGGAGAUCGGAUGACAAAGACACAUUGGAUGACCAGGACUUGCAAACUUAUUGUGAUUUUCCUGACAUCAUUGAUGUGAGCAUUAAACAAGCUAGCAAGGAGGAUUCCUCUGAGAGUCGUAUAGUAACAAUCCACAAACAGGACAACAAGUUGCUGGAGGUAGAAUUUUCUUCUUUAAAAGAAGCUCUAUCCUUUGUGUCACUAAUUGAUGGAUAUUACAGAUUAACAGCAGAUGCACACCAUUACCUUUGCAAAGAAGUAGUGCCGCCACAAGUACUGGAAGGCAUUCAUAGUUAUUGCCAUGGCCCUGUGUCGAUGGAAUUUGCAAUUGACAAGCUCAAAAAAGCAGGAAGCCAAAAAGGAAUUUUCAUACUUCGAUGCAGUCCUAAAGAAUUUAACAAGUACUUCCUCACAUUUGCAGUAGAGCGUGCUGGAGUACCGGAAUAUAAACACUGCUUGAUAACUAAAACUCCAAAUGGGGAAUACAACCUACGAGGUGCCAAGAAAAAUUUUGGCACACUGAAAGAGUUGUUAAACUGCUACCAGAAAGAAACCGUACGCUCAGAUGGCAUCAUUUUCCAGUUUACUCGAUGCUGCCCCCCUAAACCCAAAGACAAAUCAAACCUGAUUAUCUUCAGGAGCAACAGAGUAUCGGAUGUCCUAUUAUCCCCUUCUUUGCAGCGGCACACCAAUGUGAAUCAGAUGGUCUUUCACAAGAUCAGAAGUGAAGACUUGACUUACCUGGAAAAUCUUGGUCAGGGUACCUUUACCAAGAUAUUCCGAGGCAAACGUGAAGAGACAGGAGACUACAAUCAGAUUCAUGAAACAGAAGUUCUUCUGAAGGUUUUGGAUAAGACGCAUAGAAAUUAUUCUGAGUCUUUCUUUGAAGCAGCAAGCAUGAAUAGCCAGCUUUCCUACAGGCAUUUGAUCCUGAAUUACGGAGUCUGCGUGUGCGGAGAUGAGAGUAUUUUAGUUCAAGAAUAUGCAAAGUUUGGAUCACUGGAUAUUUACUUAAAGAAAAAUAAAAACACAGUUAAUAUUAUGUGGAAAUUGGAAGUUUCAAAACAGCUGGCCUGGGCAAUGCAUUUUCUUGAGGAAAGAAAUCUAGUACAUGGCAAUGUUUGUUUAAAAAAUAUUCUGCUGAUCAGAGAAGAAGAUCGUAAGACAGGAAAUCCUGCUUUCAUCAAGCUCAGUGAUCCAGGAAUCAGUAUCUCGGUGCUGCCAAGAGAGAUUCUUUUGGAGCGUAUUCCCUGGGUUGCUCCUGAGUGCUUUGACAAUCCAAAAAAUCUCAGCCCCAUGGUAGACAAAUGGAGUUUUGGCACCACCUUAUGGGAAAUUUGCAGUGGUGGUGAUAAACCCCUGAAUGCACUGGAUUCUCAAAGGAAGCAGCAGUUUUAUGAAGAUAGACACCAACUUCCAACACCAAAAUGGACUGAGCUUGCUAAUUUAAUAAACAGCUGCAUGGACUAUGAGCCAGAUUUUCGGCCUUCGUUUCGAGCAAUUAUAAGGGAAUUAAACAGCUUGUUUACUCCAGAUUAUGAACUGUUGGUAGAAACUGACUUGCUACCCAACGUGAGAACCGGGGCCUUUGGCUUUUCUGGAGGCUUUGAAGACCGUGAUCCAACUCAUUUUGAGGAAAGGCAUCUUAAAUUCCUGCAACAACUUGGCAAGGGUAACUUUGGAAGCGUGGAACUGUGCAGAUAUGACCCUCUACAAGACAACACUGGUGAAGUUGUAGCCGUUAAGAAGCUCCAGCAUAGCACCGAGGAAUAUAUGAGGGAUUUUGAAAGGGAAAUUGAGAUUCUGAAAUCCCUGCAGCAUGAGAACAUUGUCCGAUACAAGGGAGUGUGUUACAGUGCAGGUCGUAGAAAUCUUAGACUGAUAAUGGAGUAUUUACCAUAUGGAAGUCUAAGAGACUACUUGCAAAAGCACAAGGAAAGGCUGGAUUUUAAAAAACUUCUUCAAUAUUCCACACAGAUAUGCAAGGGUAUGGAAUAUCUUACAAUCAAACGGUAUAUACACAGAGACUUGGCGUCUAGAAACGUUUUGGUUGAAAAUGAAAACCGAGUAAAGAUUGGAGAUUUUGGAUUGACAAAGGUAUUACCACAAGACAAGGAAUACUACAAGGUUAAAGAGCCUGGUGAAAGCCCUAUUUUUUGGUAUGCACCCGAAAGUCUGACUGAGAGCAAGUUCUCUGUGGCUUCAGAUGUGUGGAGUUUCGGGGUUGUCCUCUAUGAGCUGUUUACAUACAGUGAAAAAAAUAAGAGCCCGCCUUCGGAGUUUAUGAGGAUGAUUGGAAAUGAUAAACAAGGACAGAUGAUUGUAUUUCAUUUGAUCGAGUUACUGAAGAACAACGGGAGACUGCCACAACCAGAGGGUUGCCCUAAUGAGAUCUACCAAUUCAUGACAGAAUGCUGGAACAAUGCCAUCAGCCUGCGUCCUUCCUUUAAAGAGCUCACUGUAAAAGUUGAAAGAAUCCGGGAGUCUAUGGGAGCAUGAUUAUAGCACAAUUUGCUAAAAAAUGCAUGGACCUUUCUGUAUUCUGGCGGACAGAAUGAGAUACACCACAUGGCAAACCUGUACGGAAUGUGCAGGUCGUACUAGCUUUUGCAAUGAAGAGUGCAAAAAUGGCUUGUACAAUCUCUGCAGACUCAAUUGUGCUUUGGAUCAGAAAGCAAACUUUAUUUUAAUUUUUUUUUCUUAAUGGAGGCAUCACCUUUACUUUGCAUAUGUUUGAUGGACUGUAAAACCACGCAAUUCAAGCUAAAAAGGACACUGCCAUGUUUAGUCAGUGCAGCGAGUUUGCAUCUUCAUCACGUUUGAAGAAAUUAAGAUGUGUUUUGUAUUUUUGUCAUGAAAUGCACAGAAUAUUUGUACAGUUGGCAACAAACUUUACAUUUAGGUUCACCUUUUUUGUAAGGGCUUAUGUUAAACCUACCGUAUUUUCCGCACUAUAAGACGCACUUUUCCCCCCCAGAAAUAUGUGGGAAAAUGUCCCUGCGUCUUAUAGUGCGAAUAUACGACAGGCACCGCCCCCCGCCACCGCUGGUACCGCCCCCCGCCCAUUGCAUCUUGCGGGGCGGCAUCGAGGCAAGAAAAAAGCCCCCCUCUGCAAGUCCCGACUCCCACACACAUAACUGUCCCCAGCUACAGACCCCCAGGCAGACUUGUAGUGAUAAAAACAGCAGCGAGACUUUGCCGGGGAGGGCAGGAACUAGCAUCCCAUAAGCGGCCAGUGAUUGGCUGACGGAAGCUCCACCUACCCUCCUUUCGUGGCUCAGCUCAGAUGGGCUCACCGCGCUGUCUACUAGUAAACACAGAAGCCUCAGUUCUGUGCUUGCUAGCUCUGAACGCAUCUGUCCCGCUGGCUUCCACAGAAUCUCUGAGCUGCUGCACUGAAACAAAGGAGACAGUUGCCCAGCGCUGUGUGAUGAUGGGCAGAAGGUGGGGGCGGGGCAUUACACGAUGAGCUUCAGAUGUCCGGAUGGUGACCCCAAGGCCUGAUGAUCCCAUUGCUGCCACUGGCAAGUGAAAAGAGUUGCAGUCACAAGUGCUGUACACUGUGUGGGGUAAAGCCAGAAAGAAGGGGGUUAUGGAUGGGUGGGUGUGCAGAUGUGAGUUAUGGACAGUGGGUCAAUGGUCGGUCUGCGUUUAUCAUUUAUGGCAAUGGUCGGUCUGCGUUUAUCAUUUAUGGCAAUGGUCAGUCUGCAUUUAUCAUUUAUGGCAAUGGU